AUGAAACUUUUUCAACAAGAAUAUAAAUAUCAAUAUGACUGGGGUACCGUUACGUCGGCUUUUUGGUUAAAAUAUCCCAAUAAUAUUCAAAAGCACAUACAAAAUAUCGAUGUUAUAGAUAGACAUAUAGAUACAAAAGAAAAGGUUUUAAAAAUGAAAAGAAUUAUACAUUUAAAAUAUUACGUACCAGGCUUAUUAAAGAAAUUAUUUAAUGUGGAUGGCACAGGACUAGCCAUUGAAGAAAUACUCAUAAACUUAGAAAAAAAAAACUUAACAAUAAAUACUGUUAAUUAUACUCUCAAUCCAUUUGUUAAUAUAACAGAAAAAUGUGAAUAUUUUCAAAAAGAAAAUGAUCAAAAUAACACACAUUAUAAACAAAGCACCACCUUAAAUAUCAAUGGCUUCGGUUAUAUGAAGAGUCUAAUAGAAAAUACAAUAAUUAAUACAAUACGUGAAAAAAGUAAGCAAGGAAUAUCCAUCAUGAACGAUACUAUAAAAAGAACAGUGAAUGACAACAUUUAUAUAAACAAUUUGGAUAAAGAAAAAAAAUAA